AUGUCUACAUCACAAGCAGAAGUUAAACAUAAUGAAGGCAAAGGACAAGAUACUGGAAAAUUCAAAUUCACGCACGAUUGGUUUAAACCGCAUCUUCCUUAUUGGGAAGAAACCUUAUCCUGUCUUAAAAACCGAAAAAUAAAUGUGCUUGAAAUAGGAGCUUUUGAAGGAAGAUCCACUACUUGGAUUUUAGAAGAAUUAUGUAAAGAUCCAGAGUCUAAAUUAAUUACUGUCGAUAUUUUUGUAAAAAUAUUUCCUGAUAACGAUAAUGAAACAACAUUCCAUGAAAAUAUUAAAAAGACUCGUAAAGAGAAUCAAAUCGAAAUUAUCAAAAUUAAGUCAUUUGAUGCUCUUAUUAAUCUGAAUCAUAAAAAGAUGAUGAAAUUUGACUUUAUUUAUAUUGACGGUUCUCACGAAUCUCAUGAUGUGUUAUCCGAUGCUAUUUUAUCAUGGAAUCUCUUGAAAGAAGGGGGAAUCAUGAUUCUUGACGAUUACGAGUGGGAUUUUUUCGAAGAAGAGUAUCUUAACCCAAGAAUAGCUAUUGAUUCGUUUCUCAGGUGUUAUCAAACACAAAUAGAAAUAAUUUUUAAACAUUAUCAAGUAGCAAUUAAGAAAGUUAUUAAAGAAGGCACUCGAACUGUCAGAGAAGGCAAAACCAUCGAUUGA